AUGGUCAAACCCCGCACACGGGUACCCUCCACGACCAUCGUGUGGGCCGAGCCGGUAGAUGGGCACUGGUGGGACCCGCUGCGCUGGCGCGAUGUCGCCACUGGCGAGCCGCGCGUGCCCGUGGCGGCCGAUGUGGUAUCAAUAGCCACCUGGAACCAUACGUCCUUCAGCGUCUACGUCGACCCGCUACAAACAGGGCAGACGGUGUCUAUAAGAUUGUUGACGGUGGGCUCGCCCGAUUCGGAGUGCUGCGAUGACAGCACCGGCCUGGCGUUGUGCUGGGCUGCCGUCGUGCUACGAGGAGCGAGAAUGGCUGUGAAGGAUUGGGUGGUGGUCAACCCCUUCGGCGUGCUGCGCUCCACAGUCAACCCGCUGGACGCGCCCGACGUGGAGGGUGAGCUCAGUACACAGACCGCCCGACUAAUCAUUCGCGAACGAAUGGGCAGCAUGCGAUUUGUGGGCAACGUCGAUGUCAACUACGGAGCACAGGUGACCGUGGCCACGCUCUAUCCCAACGUCACGCUCAAGCACACGUGGGGCAACUGGUUCGUGGAGGGCAACCUGUCGGUUGUGGGCCAGACCGAAUUUUUAUUCUAUGUUACUCUGCCAAUCGCGCGAGCUGAGGACGUGACCGCCUCCCAGAUCAAAUCGACCUACCUCAUCGUGCCAGACUACGAAAUUAUCGACCCGCAGGCCCGCAGUCUCCCUCUGCCUUCUUCGGGAUGCCACUACAAGCUGCGGAACAACAUCGCCCUGCUCCUCUUCGGAACCUACGGCCUCGAGCUCCCUGCAUUCUUCCUCUACGACGCCGUCGAGGGCUACACGAGCACCUUUGGCGUGUUCACUGAUCAUGCCCGCGAAUUCAACUUGGCAAUCGGCGGCGACCGGUGCCAAGUGUAUUGCGAGGGAGACAGCAGCAACGCCUACGAUCCGAGCGAGCCAGGCGUCACCUGUUCGGCGAGCUCUUCGAACUCGUUCGCCAUACUCUUGGAAGGCGCGACCCAGAACUGCAACUGCCCCGUUGGCCGCACCGGGGACUCCUGCCAACAUUACUACUGCCCUGGAUCCCCUGAAUGCAGUGGCCGUGGAACUUGCGACGGCGGUUUCCAGCCAGCCCGCUGCGUGUGCCCUUCUGGCUGGACUGGCUUCGCCUGUGAGAUACCGGACUGUCCGGGAGAACCAGCGUGCAGCAACAACGGCUUCUGUAAAACCGCGACGACGCCCUAUUGCCAAUGCCAGGCCAACUGGACCGGUCCAGCGGGCCAGCCUAACGAUUGCUCUGUGCCCAUAUGCAGCAACAACUGCACGAGCCCGGAGAACGGCGUGUGCACCGACGCCGACUCAGGCGUGCCCCACUGCCAAUGCUUCGAGGGGUGGGCGCUCGGCCCCGACCUCGACUGCUCCCUCGCCUACGCGCGGUGCCCGGGCCAGAGUGCGAACGAGUGCUCGGGCCGCGGGUCGUGCAACCGCACGUCGGGCCUGUGCUCGUGCCCUCCCGGUUGGCGCGGGGUCGACUGCUCGCACACCGACUGCCCCGGGUCGCCGGACUGCAACCACCACGGCGAGUGCGUGGUGAAUGGCACGACGGACGCCGUCGAGUGCCGAUGCAGCCCCGGGUGGAUCGGCCCCGAUUGCUCCGUCGCCGAGUGUGCGGCGGGGGCCACGGAGUGCUCGAACCACGGCAAGUGCGUGGAUGUGGGGCUCGACCCGCCGCGUUGCGUGUGCGCGGCCGGGUGGACCGGACCCGACUGCUCGGUGGCGCUCACCGCCUGCGCCUCGGCCCCGAACUGUGACGUGUGCGUGGCGGGCAACGGCACCUCCAAGUACUGCACCGCCUGCAAUGGAGACUGGCGCGGCGCUGACUGCAACACUCCGUACUGCCUUUCGGUGAACGACUUCUCGGUCUUCCCCGAGUGUUCCGGCCAUGGCUCCUGCUUGGCGGGCGGCGCUGCCCAGCCAGCAUGCCAGUGCCGGCCUGGAUGGGCGAGCGGUCCCCUCAACGACUGCUUCUCACCCACGUGUGCUGCGGCCCAGGGCCAGGCGGAGUGCUCUGGCCACGGCGCCUGCUCUACUGAUCUGGCCAGCCCCGCAUGCAUGUGCGAUCCGUACUUCUACGGCAACUCGUGCUCCAUUUAUGAACCGAUGUGCCCGGGCUUCCCGGACGAGUGUACGGACAGCGAGCACGGGACGUGCGUCAACGGGACGUGCCAGUGCGGCGACAACUGGCGCGGCUCCGACUGCUCGGUGGUGCGAUGCCCCGGCGCCGAGGAGAACUGCAACGGGCGCGGCCGCUGCGACUCGAGCGUCGAACCGGCCGAGUGUCGGUGCGACGCGCGCUGGACCGGUCCCGACUGCGCCACCCCGAUCUGUCCGGGCGAUUGCUCGGGCAAUGGCCAGUGCAACGGCGACACGAACCCGCCGGUGUGCAUGUGCCUGCCGUUCUGGGGCGGCGCCGACUGUUCCGAGUCGCAGGAGCGCGGCAGCUCCUCGAGCGACCAGUCCACAACCUACGCCGCCGUCGGUGGCGCUCUCGGAGGAGGAGCGGUGGCGCUGGUGGUGGGCGUGGUAGCCGCGUACGGCGUGUUCAAGGGCCUGGCCGCCUACAAGACCUACCAGAUCAACAAGGGGCUCAACAUCGGCCAGGUCAACUUUGCACUCGACGAGGCCCACGACACUCUGUGA